CAGUGAAGCAUUUGACGGUGCCACGGGUAAAUUUUAAUACCGAAAGUAUCCCACGGUACGUACGCCGCUGAAAUGGCUGCUGCGGCUACAGAAGAAACACCCGCGCUGAGUACUGAGAACGAUGCACCGACCGUAGAGACAAACGAGUGCAACGGUGAGGAGAUAGAAAAGGGCCUUACCGAAGCGGAAACAGAGGAACCUGGCAGUAGCGUAGAACCGAAAAUGGAAGAGGUGGGUGCGCAGGCCGGCGAAGACAAGCUCGCUGAAGCGGCAGACAAGGCCGCGAGCGAGGCGGUGACAGACGACAAGGCUGUAACGGUCAACCUGGAGGCGACAGCCGCUCCUGAAGAACCUGAGCAAAAGCCGGAGUUAGAGCAAAGCUCUGGAGGUAGUAACAACGAGCCUGCCACCGGUAACACGGUGAAAGAAGUGAAGGAGGAACCAGGAGAAGACAGCCGGUGUUCGGGGAUAGACAGCGAAAAGAGCAAAACAGUUUGUGAAGACAGUGAGAAACCCAGUGGCGGGGGUGGGGAGCUGGGCGAUAAGAGGCGGCCGAGUGUGGAGAUAUCAUCCUCGGAUGGUGAACCGUUGAGCCGUAUGGACUCGGAGGACAGUAUCAGCAGCACCCUGAUGGAGAUGGAGAGCACAGUGUCCAGCGGACGUUCCACUCCUGCUAUGAUGAAUGGACAAAGCAGUGCCAGCUCCUCAGGGGCUAAGACAGUGGCUUACCCCUGCUGCUGGGACCUCUGUCCACAGUGCUUCAACUCCAGCCCGGAUCUGGCAGAGCAUAUCAGGGGAAUUCAUGUGGAUGGACAGAGAGGAGGGGUGUUUGUCUGUCUGUGGAAGGGUUGUAAGGUUUAUAACACACCAUCCACCAGUCAGAGUUGGCUCCAGAGACACAUGUUGACCCACAGUGGAGAUAAGCCCUUUAAGUGUGUAGUUGGUGGCUGCAAUGCCAGCUUUGCUUCCCAGGGAGGGCUGGCUCGGCAUGUACCCAGUCACUUCAGCCAGCAGAGCUCCUCCAAAAUGUCCAGCCAGGCCAAACUCAAAGAGGAGUCACCCUCCAAGGCUGGACUCAACAAAAGGAAAAAACUCAAGAACAAACGCAGGUGCUCCCUACCGAGGCCCCACGACUUCUUCGAUGCCCAAACUAUGGAUGCUAUUCGACACAGGGCCAUCUGUCUCAACCUCGCCACCCACAUUGAGAGUGUGGGCAAUGGCCACAGUGUGGUCUUUCAUAGCACGGUGCUGGCCAGAAGGAAAGAGGGGUCUGGAAAGGUCAAGGUUCUCCUGCACUGGACACCUGAGGAUAUACUACCUGACGUGUGGGUGAAUGAAACGGAGCGAUGUCAGCUGAAGACUAAAGUGGUGCACUUAUCCCAGUUACCGCAGGACACAGCCAUGCUGUUAGACCCAAACAUCUAUAGAGCACUGCCUCAAAAGCGGCUGAAGCGCAGCCUGUAAGGAGUCAUCUGUGGACUUGAUACUUAAGGGGAAAUCCUUGUUCAUAGGAGGUUUAUCUGUAUGGGAUGGGACGCUCUUCAUCUAUCUCUGCUGAACGGGGGGAGUGAAGUGGCGAUAAAAGGAAGUGAGACUUGGCUAUGCUGCAGUUCUCCUUUUUUUCCCUCUUCAAUUUUGUAUAUCUGAAAUAAAUGUUGUAGCCAAGUGUGGUGUAAAAUGGGACUAACAAUUUUUAAACAGUUUGUGUUCAUCAAAAACUACAAUGAAUGUUUUUUUUUAACAAGCAUCAAGCUGAAAAUAUUCUUAAUACCCAAUGGUGUAAAAAAAUGUUUUGUGUAUCCUUGUCAGAAAAUGCAGCAUAUUUUAUAACUGUUUUGUGUAAAAUAUUUAUGCAGAUUUGUAACUUAUUUUUAUACCAUGAAAAUGCUGGUGUUAUGUGGAUUUUUGUGAAGGUUUUGAAUAGAACCGUAUUUACUGUGAUACUCCAUGUUAACUGUCACUUGUAGGGAUAUUUGGACAUUUCUAGUUGUAAUUACGUUGUACAUAACAGAAGUCUUAACAGAUUAUCCUAUUUAUACUUACUGAAUGCAGUACUGUUACCCGUGUGUAUGACAAUGAAGUGUGAGGUUGUGCCAGUCAUGUCAGACUUGGAUUCAAUGCGAUGCAAAUUGUUACAGGAGCAAUAACUCAGUAGUUAAGGGCACUACUGUGUAGCUCUUAAUCUCAGCCAGUCUGUAGACACUACAGCAUAAAAAUGACUCGGACAUUUCAACACACACUUAAGUUGGUGUGAUAUACACUUUUUUAUCUCUCCACCUCCUCUCCCCCAAGUAACAUGAACUGUGUAUAUCAUAAUGGUUAUGAUAACUUUACAUCACUGCAACUUAAGCACUCAAGAAUUAUUGUUUAAAAAAUUGUGUUUUCUACUGUGUGUUGUCCCUGUUGGAAAUGGAAUAUUUGUUUGUAAUAAAAUGGGGGAAUCGACAGAUGUUGACAAACGCAAGUUGUUUGUACAGAUGAGGAUGCAAGGUGUUGAACUGGCAGCAAUGUAUCCAUUGUGGUAUGAAUAUGAGUUCCUUAUGUGUGCGUUGGAGGGAUUGGCGGGGCUAUUUGGCGUCCAUUAGCAGAACAGCUUUGGGAGCAUGCUGCGGAGGAGCUAAUGACUGGGCCAGCAGGGCAGAACCCCUGCCAGCCUCAGCUGUUAGUGAACAUGCCUGCAGAGACAACGGAGUUCAGGGAGAGGUCUGCUAUAAUACGGCUGUCCUGCUCUUCAGUCUUAUGCACUCACACGCUCACAUAUAUAAAAUUGACAGUCAUAUUGGACUCCAACAUGUGCUAUAAUGAGGUCUUCAGGUGUUGUUUCAUUUUUUUGUGGAGCAAAGCACGGAAAGUUUAGUGGCCCCCUGUUGUGUUUAUGAGCUAUGGUUUAUGUCUCUUUCAUGUCCGCGAUGGUCUGCGGCAGCUCAUAGAACUGUUUUGUGGCAAAUUGAUAAGAGAUAAGACUAAGACAUGAAGGCAGCACAUCCUUCUGUCAUUAGAAAUGUCCUUCAAGUGCAAACAUCAGCCCAACUUAGAUUUUGUGCAUUAACCUUGUCAUGUGUCAGCAAAUGUCUUUUUUCCUGGGGUCUUGAAUCAAGACGGGCUGGUUUGAUUAUUUCUGUAACUGCUGAUCUCCUGGUAUUUUCACGCACGACAGUGUCUAAAGUUUACUCAAGAUGGUGCUAAAAACAAAAAAUCUUGAGCGGCAGUCUUGCAGACAGAAAUGCCUUGUUGAUGACAGAGCUCAGAGGAGGAUGGUCAGACUGGUUGGAGCUGACAGAAAGGCUAUGCUACUCAGAUAACCGCUCUUUACAAAUGUGGUGAGCAGAAAAGAAUCACCUUGAACCUUGAGGCUGAUGAGCCACAACAGCAGAAGACCACGCCAGGAUCCACUCCUGUCAGCCAAAAACACAAAUCUGAGGCUGCAGUGGAUGCAGGCUCACCAAAACUAGACAGUUGAAGACUGUAAAAACAUAGCUGGAGUGGCAUAGCCUACCAAAGUUUUGUUGCGGACCUUUAUGGCCACAAUUUACCAUCCUCUAAUGGAUACUGUUCCACCAUGAUAAUGCACCAUGUCACAAAGCAAACGUCGUCCCUAACUGGUUUCAUGACAAUGAGUUCAUUGUACUUCAUUGACCUCCCCAGUCACCAGAUGUGAAUCCAGUAGAACACCUUUGGGAUGUGGCAGCGUGAACGUGUAUCUGACAUCUGCAGAAAUGAUAAGAUGCAAUCAUGUCAACAUGGAGCAGAGUCUCAAAGAAAUGGCGAAUCCAUGCCACGAAGAACUGAGGUUGUUUUGACAGAGCAAAGGGAGACCCUGCCCAGUAUUGGCAUGGUGUUCCUAAUGGUUGGUGAGUGUAUUCUUUUUCAGUUGCCAACAAAUGUAGUCAGGUCAACUUCAGCCAAUGAACUCAUUCAGUCAAAACCGCAUUCCUAUACUCCUCUACAGAAUGGAUUCAAUCUUCAUUAUAUUCCAAAGAAAGAAAAACCCUCUG